UCUCUCCGAUAACUCGUCAAUGGACCUCGCGAAGAAGCGAAAGCUCGAAGAAAAUGGCGUCGUAUUUCCACCUGAUUCGGCGGCUACCACCACCACCAUCACCACACUCUCCCACGACGACCUCCGUAAAGUCAUUGAACCUUUCACUCACGAACAACUAUCCCAAAUCGUUCUAACGGCUUCCCUCCGUCACCCGGACGUCCUUGACGCCGUCCGAUCAAUCGCCGACCGUGAUCCCACCCAACGUAAGCUAUUUAUACGCGGCCUUGGCUGGGAAACAACCAGCGAAAAACUCCGAUCUCUGUUUGCUACUUACGGCGAUCUAGAAGAGGCGAUUGUGAUUCUCGAUAAAGUGACGGGAAAGAGUAAGGGUUACGGAUUUGUUACGUAUAGGCAUAUAGAUGGGGCGUUAAUGGCGUUAAAGGAGCCCAGCAAGAAAAUUGAUGGGAGAAUGACUGUUACUCAGCUUGCUUCUGCUGGAUUUACCAAUGGAGCCAGUGUCACGGCGAAUUUGCAAACCCUAGAUGUAUCAUCAAGGAAGAUUUAUGUUGGAAAUGUGCCGUAUGAUAUGCCUGGAGAGAGGUUGCUGGCUCAUUUUUCAUCGUAUGGUGAAAUGGAGGAAGGACCAUUAGGGUUUGAUAAGAUUACAGGUAAGUCUAGGGGUUUUGCCCUUUUUAUUUAUAAGAAUGUGGAUGGAGCUAGGGCUUCGUUGGUUGAUCCAGUCAAGACUAUUGAUGGGCAUCAGUUGAAUUGUAAACUUGCUAAUGAUAACAAGAGAGGGAAUUCCGGUGGGAUGGCAGCACCACCAGCAGCAGCUGUGGCGUCUGCUCAAGUUCAAGGAUCAGGUGAUAGGGUUAAGCCAGAAGUAAUAAGGGUGAAUUUGAACCAGCAAAGUUCAAUGCAGGGUUCAUAUGCAUCACAGUUUGGUGGCGGACCUGGCGGCAUCUAUGGUGGAAAUUUGGGUGGAUUAGGAUUAGCAGGACCUGGUGGUAUUUCUGUUUAUGGUGGUGGUGGUGGACAAGUUCCACCUUUGAGUCAUUCACAGCAUCCCCUGAAUUCGAAUUUGGGUGGUGGAGCAGGGUUGUCUUCAUUUGGUAGCAAUGGUGGUGGUCCAGGGUUAUCAACGAAUGGGAGUCAAGCACCGAAUUCCUUGGGAGGUGGCAGUGGUGGGUUUAGUUCUGGUUUAGGUGGCGGUGGUGGUGGCGUUGGUGUAAGUUAUGGUGGAGGGGCAGGGGUAGGAGGUGGUGGCAGUGGUUUUGGUGGUUCAGGCCAGAGAUCCCUUUAUGGUUUGCCACCGGGUUCGGUCAGAAUGAGUUCUGGAGGUUAUCCUGAGAGUGCACAUUAUAGUUUGUCAUCUGGUUCUGCCUACCAAAGCCAACAGCAGUAGAAAUCUGGGAUGUCAUCUAUCACCAGGGUUCCAACUGGAGGGUCAUAUCAGGGGCCUUCUAUAAGUUAUAAUUAAGGUGAUUGAAGUUCUUGGCCAUUGGAAUGGGUACCAAAUCGGCAUAAUGGUAGCUUGGGUAUGGCUUUCUUUCUUUAGUGGCUCUAAAUGUGAAGUCUAAUUGUAUUCAUAGUCUAAUUAUUUUCAUUUAUACAUGUUGACACUCGAGGGUACCAAAAAGGGUUAAUUUGGCACUCCGUUUGGACAAUGCUACUCAUAAAUGGACAGAAUGGGACAUGACAGAAUAAAAAAAAAAACUUGUCCCUUGUUUAGCGAGAUAGUAGACUAUCACAGGAUGAGAUUGAGUGGGACAAACAUGCAUUUUUUUGUCCCACCAAAAUAGGUGGAUCAAAAGUAAGGGAAAUGAGAGAAGAAUGGUAAAUCACUAAACUACCCUUAUCGAAUUGAAACCCUAAAACCUUCCACAAUUCUUUCACCCGCCAAUCUAACUCUCGUCUGUCCAGUUCCAUCCAAUCCUGUACAGUACCGUCUGUGUAUCAUACACACCCUUAGAUAUCAAGAGAGACAAGUUUAAUGCGUUGAAAUUCUGUUUGUAAUGCUCUUCCUGCUUUAGUCUUACUGUAAACGACCAUAUAAACUGAUCAAGAGGACGAUGUUUAAGUACAAUGUUAAGUAGAUCUCCAUGUAAGAGUAUGAAAGUUUGAUUAUAUUGGAACAGGAGAUUAACUCACCCACCCAUUUCUCUGCAAAGAUUUGAACUCACAACCCAAGGGUUGUAAAGCUCGUUCAAUACCAUUCAGCAUAGCCUUCUGCUUGCUUUCUGGCAUAUUGGUGUUUAUUAAAACACUAUAUUUUCAAGAAAUAUUUUUUCUGCCUGUUUUACUUGCAAUCAGCUGUUAUAUCGCUUGACGGGUUGUGUUUUUUUGUGCCAAAUAAUAAACAUAUAGCCUUUCUUGGAAACCGCCUCUGUGUUUCUUGGGACGGAGGUAAGGUCUAGGCCCUAUAUCUGCGGGUGGGAUAUACUGAGUAGAAGAAAGAGGAAAAGGAAAACCGAUAACUUCUCUCUAGAGAAAAGACCCCUCAUCAUUAAUGAAAAUUGCAGCUUUUAACGCAUGCCAUGUAAGAACUGAAGUGUUUAUAGAGAAGUCCAUUUCUGCAUUAAGGAUCUUUAGUUCAUUGGCUUCUCGUACAUCCGUGUGGGAUAUUCUGAGUUCGUUUGUUUUAUGACCAUCUGUUUGGUUGUUGGUCGGUCUUUUUUGACAAUGUCUAUUAAGUUAAAUGGGAAUUAAAACCAAUCUUUGAAUCAAGUCUUAUUGUUUCUGGUUAUUUGACUCUCUGGUUUUGUCGUAGUCCCUCAUGGUAAGGAGGGAUUUCAAUUUUUUUGUACUUGUGUGUUCGGUUUUUUUUCUUUUGGAUGUCGAACUUUUUCAGAUGUACGCCAGUUGCAGACCGUUUGACGUAGUAAUUGGAGAAAAUCCGACUUCAUAUUGGUGGCUGCAAUUCCUUCCGGUGAGCGUUGUUCUUUUUUUUUGGUAACCAUGAUGUUUGACCUAUGAUCAACACGAUUCAAGUAUUUAUUUGUGUAUGUCAUACCUUUAGGACCUUAUUCUCCAGUAAGAUAUACCGUGUUCGCUUGUUUCGUGUUCACAUGACUUCAUGUUGUUAUCAUGUUUCCAUAU